UAACCAUAAAACAUGUUAUAUUUAUUAAAAAAAUAAAUGCAUUUAUAUAAUAUUCAAAAGUGACACCUAUAUAUAUAUCAGAGAGUUUGUAGCAUGUCAAAUUUUGAAAUGUUCAUUUCAUAGAUGUAAGAAUUAUAUUAGGUUAAACAUAUUCAUAACCAUCAACAAAUAGUAUUGCCACCUCACUGAUAGAAAUGUAAUAAAAGUGCCAGAACUAAAACUAUUAAAGCUAUAACCAAUGCCAAAUACAUAAUUUUAUUUGUUUCUGAGCUGAAUUUUGUUAGCACUUCUUUGCUAUCACUUUCUGAUGUGCUAUUCUGAUAUUCAGAUAUAUCUAAAAAACACAAAAAGUGAUGAGAUACAAUUGAGUUCAAAUGAAUUGAUAAAGAAAAGUGUGACAACAUUGUAUAUUGUAUCAUCAAAUUUCAAUGUCCUUUAGAUUCAAAAUGUUUCAUUCAGUAUAUAUUUUUUUGAACAUCUUCCAGUUUAUAUAUAAAUUUUAGAGUUUAUCCUGGAAUUUUCUAUGGUAAAAACAAAUAUCUUCAAAAUAGAUGUGAAAUAUUCAAAAAAUUAUAGAAAAUUAGGGAUUUUAAUUUACUUGUGAAUAGUUUUUGGAAUUUUGAAAAUAAUCCAUUUGGCUUGUGAAUUAUCUUACAAACAGGUAUGCACAUUUCCAUUUAGAAAUUAUAUAUUGUUAAUAUUGAUGAAACAAAACCCAUAAAAAUUUGAAUGAAGUGGAGAAGCCCAAUUGUAUAAAUUAAGUUUCCCACAAUGAAGUUCAAGAAUCUGUCUCACCUGCUUGUCCUUCAACAUCUUGAAUAGUUAAUUUACCAUUGAUUUUGAUAUCUAACAGCUCUUCAAAUGAAACUUUAGCAUCUUGAGGACCCUCCCCAGGAAACAAAUAGUCAGACAGGGUGACCUCACUGUUGGGAAGAGCUAUCAGAACCCUCCUAGGUGGUUCAUGAAGGCAAUUUAUGUCUGAAAAACAUUUUCUCAAAUUCAAUUCCUCACACCCUAGAAAGACUAUUGACCUUCUGAAUUUUCUUCCUCUGUUAAAGAAUCCCAAUGCAUUUCUAAUCUGGAUACUAAACUGCGCAUUAUAUCUUGUCUGAUGAAGUCUGAGGCUUCUUUAAUGGACAGUUUGGGUUGCAGCCACAGUUUGCUUGAAACUUUUCCUACUAACCUAAGCUGACCACCUGUUUCAAUAAUACUAUCUUGUUCUGAUGCAUCAUCACCCUCAGAAAGCUGAAGGAACAAAAAUGUAUUUUAUGGAAACCAAUUAGAGUAUUUCAAUAUGAAAUUAUGAACUCUGAAUUGACUAACCUUGGACUGAAAUAUGGAUACAAUCACAGGUUUUGAAUCACCUAUAUUGUCUGACCUACCCUUAUUUGACCUAGUGUGCCUUGUGUCAUUUUUUCCAACAUUUUCUAUACUUUCAUCACCUUCCUUGUAUUCUCCAUUGAACAAAAAUACUGAUUGUGCUAAAUUAUCAUGUAUCUCAUUCAUGAGUGCCUGAAAAUGUGAACUUCAGUGGAACUGUAGACCAUAAAUUGAUUGUUUAUACAUUGAUAUGUUUUUCUAGAGGAUAGUUGACUUCAAACUUCCUUAUAUACUGAAUUUUAUCUAUACCAUAGUCACACUGGACACUAUUCCAUUUUUUAGCAACAGUUUUAACUUCAGCAGGUUGAAUAAUAUGACUUGUUACAUCAUAUGCUUUACAAAAACACUUCUGGGUUUUUGGAUCAUAAUGUACUACUAGCUUUUCACUGGAUGAGUUACCAUACAAAUAUGUAUUUGUUUCUAGCUGACCAUGUAUUCUUUGUAAAACAGCCUUGACUUUAGGAUUGAAUGGAUUCAAAGAACUGUCAGGUGAUAUCACAAAAACACCUAAAACAUGCAUACCGCCAGGUAACAUCCUAGUUGUUUGCCUGGCAUGAUCAGACAUCCAGUUUUCAUUGAUUUGAUCUAGGCUUUUCAAUUUUUCAGGUUCAUUUAGAUUUUUAUCAUUCUCGGUAUGAAAUGGAGGAGUUUUGGCGAAAUGCAUCACAUAGUCCUUGCCUGUACAUGACUAGAAAACAUGAAUAGUUGUAUCAUUACCGUGGACAACAGGAACAUAUGUUUAGCACCAAAAUUUUCUACUCACUUGCCCUAAAAUAAGACCCAUGGCAUACGUGUUUUGCUGUGCUACCCUAUUCAAAUAAGAUAGAAGAUGCUCGUCUAUAAUAGCAGUUCUUACCAUGGUGACAAAAAUACUUUGAAAAACUCAAAAAUUGUAAAAAUAAUUUGCAAAUCGCAAAUCGCAAUACCUAACCUCAAUUGACAGUCAUUGUUGACAAAAAAUAAGAAGAGUGUUCUUUGUUCUCCUGUACUCAUGCCCAUGUCCUGUGCCAGAUAAGUACCAGACCAGUACACUGCGCUCUGCUUCGCUACCCGCAUUGAGCCAAUUGAAUUCUUAAUUAAAAUAGACAAGAAGUAUUCACCGAAAUUUAUCGUCUACGCUACUGCUAAAUGAUUAAUGCUGCUCAAUAUAAAUUCAUGAUAUCAUGCUGAUAUUUUCUCAUUCCACAAAACUUCCGACUAGAAGAUAGCAAAACUGCUCCUACCUUCGUGUUCAAACUGCAAAAUGACUCCUCAAAUCAAAAAACUGUGCGGGAAUUUCAAAUUGGGAGAAGCACCACAUUGGGACUCAGAGACUCAAACUCUAUAUUUUGUUGAUAUAAAUGGUUACACUAUUAACAAAUAUGUACCAGCGACGAGAAAACAUACCAGUGCCCAUGUUGGUAAGAAUGUUUCUGUCAUCAUCCCGAUUCAAGGAAAGAAAGAUCAGUUUGUCAUAAGUCUGGAGCGCGAGCUGGCCAUUGUUACGUGGGACGGAGAAAGUUCUAGACCGUCCAAAGUCGAAACCCUCUUAGAAGUAGACCAGAAUACUAAAAACGUCUUCAACGAUGGAAAAUGCGAUCCUUCCGGAAGAUUAUGGAUAGGUUCAAUGGGUGGACCCCCAGUGGUAAUAGCAGAUAUCCCUCUGGCUAAAGGUACCCUAUAUAGUGUGCAAAAAGGCGUUGUUAAAUCUCAUUUUGGAGGAAUCGGAAUCGCUAAUGGCAUCGCUUUCAAUACAGAACUGGCGAAAAUGUACUACAUUGAUUCUCGUACCGGUACUGUAGACCAGUACGACUUCGAUAUCAAAAAGGGAACAGUUUCUAAUGGUAAGCCAGUCUUCACUGCAAGCAAAAACGGCCUACAAGGAGUUGUUUUCGAUGGUAUGACUAUUGAUACCGAUGGUAACCUGUACAUCGCCACCUGGGGAGGAAGAAUCAUCAAAAUUGACCCAAGACGACCAGAAACUCUACUGGACACCAUCCAAAUGCCUGCUCAGAUCAUCUCUUCAGUUUGUUUCGGAGGACCAAAUCUAGAUGAGCUAUUUGUAACCAGCGGUCAAGUGGGAAUAACUCCUGGGGAACAUGAUGGCGCUGUUUUCACGGUCACUGGUCUGGAAGCCAGAGGAUUUGCUGAAGUCAAAGUUAUUUUGUAAUGACUAUAAUUUAACUAUAAUAUAUUAUUAUUCGCUUGUAG